AUGGCCUUUGCGCUCGAUCUACAUCGCGAACUACCGACCGGCAUCAAGGUCACGCCCGCCGAACGCGAAGGACGACGCCGGCUCUUCUGGUCAUGUUACCUCAUGGAUCGCUUCGCUGCAACCGGCUCUAAGCGACCCUCGUUAAUUGCGGAUGAAUCGAUUGUGCUACGAUUACCGAGCUGGCAGCUGCACUCUGGCGCAAUGCUAAUAGACGGAGACUACUUUCCAAACGGAUGCAAUUUGCAGUUCAUGGGCGGCACUGGAAAAGGUGGACAAGGAAGCAUGGGUAUGCUCAUUGGCAUAGCUCGCAUCCUGGGUAUAACAAACCGCUACCUUGCAGCGGGUGGUGUUAAAGGCGAUUCACAUUUCCCUUGGCACUCAUUAUCCAACCUAUCCAAAAUUCGCCAAGAACUCGACAUAUGGGCAUCGGAGACGCAGGAUACUUUCACUUCCAUCGAAGCCCUCUUUGGCCAGCCCGACAGCACUAUACUUGUCCUCAGCAAGUUGAUCUACCACCUCAUACAUUGCCUCAUCUACCGGCCUUUCCUCCCUGUGGAUCUGGCUGAGCUGUCUGGGACGUCGCAGCAUCAACCCUGGCAAAUAGAAGCGACCAACUUAUGCUUCCUUCACGCCAACGCAAUUGCCGAACUCGCCGAGAUAGGAAGGGCCUCUUCCAUAAUAGAUUGGCCAGCCUUUGUCGGCUAUUGUAUAUGCACUGCUGGUACCAUUCAUGUACAUGGGGCACAUUACCCAGGAAGAGAAGGAGAGGUUUUCUCGGUCAGUGCAGAGUUUCUGUCUCGAGAGAUGCAGCAGCUAUCCGAGCUUCGUUUUGUUUGGGCUGGGGCCCAGCACCAGCGCGACACUCUGCAAACCAUUUACGGAUGUCACACAGAGCUAGUCCAGUCCUUGGCAAGCAACCCCAUGCGCUACGCGCCAGUCUUUCAACUUGAGGACUUCUUCGACAGAUAUCCAGGCCAGGUAUUCGAUGGAGCGCACGUUACAUUUAUGGAUAUUGCGGUCGAAUCCAUUCAAGAAGGGUAG